AUGAAUAUUCUUUCUUUAAACAUUAGGGGUAUUAAUGGGGGUGCUAAGGCUUUGUUGGUUAAGGAGUUAAGGAUGAUGAACAAAAUUGGUGUGAUCGCUCUGCAAGAGUCUAAACUGGAGUCUGUUGCUAGAGCUAAUCUUGCGGGGUUUUGGGGUAAUAAUAAUUUUCAAUUUUCUUUCACGGCUUCGGUUGGUCUGGCAGGAGGGUUAAUUUGGUUAUGGGAUCCGUCUUUUAUUAAAGUCGAAGACACUGUUCAGAAUAGAAGCUUUCUGUUAAUUAGAGGAACUUUAAUUGGUAGUGGGACUUCUAUAAAUUUGCUUAAUGUUUAUGCUCCACAAAGUACUGUUGCCAAACGUCAGUUGUGGGAGGAGAUUUCGGUGCUGAUAAACUCUUAUGAUGGUCAGUGGGUCUUAGCGGGUGAUUUCAAUGUUGUUCGCUCUCUCGAUGAGAGGAAACAUUCAAAAUUUAAAAAGGCUUGUGCUGAGAAUUUCAAUAAUUUUAUUUUUGAAAACGGGCUCCGGGAAUAUCCUUUACAGGGGCGUAGAUUCACUUGUUCAAGGGAUAACGGCAGAAAAUUAAAUCAUUUUUCGAUUAUUUUGGAGGUUGUCGAUUCGAAGUUCGGUCCUCGUCCUUUUCGAAUCUUUAGUUCAUGGAUUGGACAGCCGGGUUUCGAGGAGGCAGUUACUGAGGCAGCUGAGAGUUUUGAAGCGAGUGGUCCCCCUGACGUCAGUCUCACUUCUAAAUUCGCUCACAUUAGAGCCCGGUUGAGGAUAUGGAGAGAUGACUUUUUAUCUAAAGAAAAAGAGAAAAAAAACUUGGCUUUAUCUGAACUGGAGUUUUUAGAAAAAGAAAUGGAGAAUAGGGAUCUAACAGAGGAAGAAGAAUGGGUCUUAGCGGAAAACAGAAAAAUAGUGAAAGAUGUGGACUUUAGGAAGAAUGCCGACAUCAAGCAAAGAUCUCGUGCGAAGUGGGCCUUAGACAGGGACGAGAACUCUAAAUUUUUUCAUGCUUUGGUUGUCUUCGCUUGUGGGGAUGAGAAGGCUCCGGGCCCGGAUGGGAUGAAUUUCAGAUUUAUUAAACACUUUUGGAACUCCUUCAAGGAGGAUUUUAUGAAGAUUUUUGAUGAGUUCUACAACACUGGGGAUAUUAACUUAGGAAGUGGGGCCUCUUUUAUUGCCCUGAUUCCUAAAGUCAAAGAUCCAGUUUCGCAUAGUAAUUACAGGCCCAUUAAUUUGGUGGGAGUGAUUAGCAAGGUGAUCUCGAAAGUCCUUGCCAAUCGCAUGAGGACGGUUAUGGAUGAUGUCAUUUCAGAUUUUCAGUCGGCCUUUCUUUCAGGUAGAUUCAUUUUGGAUGGCCCCCUCAUUGUCAACGAGAUUAUUUCUUGGUUUAAAAAGAAGAAAUCCAAGGCUUUUAUUCUUAAAAUAGAUUUUGAUAAAGCAUAUGAUAACGUGAGUUGGAAAUUUGUUGUUAGCAUGCUACAUCAAAUGGGAUUUCAUAAUAAGUGGUGUUCUUGGAUCAUGGGAGUUCUUAAAUCGGCGAAUUCGUCGGUUUUGGUUAACGGUUCGCCUACUUACACUUUUAGAUGCGAGAAGGGUAUGAGACAGGGCGAUCCACUUUCUCCGUUUUUAUUCUUGGUGGUGAUGGAGGCUUUGUCUUGUAUGAUUAAUAAUGCUAAGGAAGCGGAGGUCAUAAGAGGGAUCCCAACGCCAUGUAACGGGUCGAAUAUUUCCCACCUCCUUUAUGCAGACGACGCUAUUGUCAUGGGAGAAUGA